GCGGCCUCUCCCCGCCGGGCGGGGCCGCGCCGGGGCCUCCUCCGGGCCGAGCCGGGGCCGUGUCCUGCGGUGCCGCCGGGCCGGGCCGGUGGCGGUGCCGGGGCGAUGCCCGGGGUGGCGGGGCCGCGGGGCCGCGGGCGCUGAGCGCGGGGUGGGAGCAUGGCCGAGGCGCUGCGCCAGGAGCCGCCGGGCGGGCCCGAGUCGGAGGCCGAGCUGUCGCAGCGGCUCGCCCGCACCAAGGCCCGCUCGUACGGCAGCACGGCCAGCGUGGCGGCCCCGCUGGCAGAGCGAUACGUGGAGCACCGGCUGAGCGCCGGGGACACGCUGCAGGGCAUCGCCCUCAAGUACGGCGUCACGAUGGAACAAAUAAAGAGGGCAAAUAAACUGUUCACUAAUGACUGUAUAUUUCUGAGGAAAACCCUGAAUAUUCCUGUUGUAUCAGAGAAACCAUUACUGUUCAAUGGACUUAGUUCACUGGAGUCUCCUGAGAAUGAAACUGUUGACAGCUCCCCUUCUUGUGAUGAAGGACUAGUAACAGUUCAGGAAGAAAGUAGUUCUUCUCCCAGUCCUCAAGAGCCUGACAGUCAGCCCACUGCACCAGAAGAAUUAUCUGCCAAAGAUUUCCUUCAGAGAUUGGACUUGCAGAUUAAGUUAUCCAAACAAGCAGCCAGAAAACUAAAAGAGGACAAUGUCAGAGAGGAGGAGGAUGAGGAAGGUCCCUAUGCAACUUCUUCAUAUCACCAGUAGAAGACAGAUGUGAUGGCCUGAAAACUUCCCAUGAAAUCAGUUCUUAAAGAACUAAACAGUCAAUAAUUCAAAACCCAAGUCUUUUGGACUCAUCAUCUUGAUGUACUUAAAAGAAGUCACGAAUGGGUAAUUGCACUGAAAUGAUGACCUCUUCUGCCUUCCAUAGGUUAAUGUCCUUAUGCUAUAUCAACAAAGGGUUUAAGCCUUCCAAAACUAGUAAUGGCCUUUCUACCCCUUCAGUGCAAACUGUAGCAUGGUAGCAACAAUAUAUCCUUGAGGUCACCUUUAUGCAGGAUGUUGAUCUUUAGUAAAGAUUUUGUAAAUAAUUGUUAAAGUGAAAUUUGUUUUAAGUAUUUAAAAAUAUUAAAGUUUGCUUGUAAAUGACAAACUAUGAAAGUAAUAGGAAUUUACUUAUUCUGCAAACAUAGGCAAGUUUGCUGUGAAAGUUUUGUCUACUUCAGGGCUGCAGAACUUGCCUCUGAACUCUGUGUGUGUGUCUGUGUGUGGUUAUGGUGUAUUCCUAGAAAGGGGAAUUCAACUUGCUUUGAUGAGUUAAAGCCUUUAUGGUUAAACAACUGUUUGCAAAUUGGAUUUCUGCUAAUACAAGGGACGAGUUACAGCCAGAGAUUUUUCUUUGUGAGAUAUGACAUUGGAAUAUCAGAUGUGUGUUCUUGUGUGCAGUUAUAUUUUGUGUGGGUUUAAUUUAAUAAAAUACAAAACCACCGAUGUGUCUGUUCAUAAUGCAGAGAGCUUGGUCCUAGCCUGUUUUGUGUGAAGAAUGGUUUGUCUAGUUAUAUGAACUAUUAGAUACUAAUAUCAGGGUAAAUAGUGUCCUUUACCUUUACCAUAUAACUCACCCUCUUCAAUGAGACCUGUAAGAGCUAUUUUCUCUAGUUGUGCAGUCAAGAAAAGUAUUAGGAUAAGAGAGAUGAAAACUAUUAAGAGCCACCCUGACAAGCCUGUUCUGAGAAGAAAUGCCAGUGUUCAAGUCUGCAGGUAGACCUCACCUGAAGCUCAGGAAGGCAGAAUAGGCAGAAUGCAGCCUGCAUUCACUCUUUGCCCCAAAGUUAGUGUAUUAGCAACUUCUUAUUAGGCAUCCUAAAUUUUUUCCUCAAGUAUUCGAUAAGCUUCACAAAACUCCCAUCAUUAAAGACUUGCUGGAUCCCCACUGUGACAGAUGCAGUUUCCUAUCUUUCUGCUCAUCAAUAUAAUUUAUCAUUCCCUCAAAGCAAAACCCUUUUGCAGUACGUUAAGAGAGAAGCAAUAUAGAAAGUUUCAUUGAUUUACUAAAACCAGAGGUAAAAAUUCCAAGCUUGGCAGGAAUUGGUAUUUCCCUAGAGCUGGCAGGAGCUCAGACCCGGCAGGCUCAUUCAACUCAACUCCAGCUCUGGUCCUAAAGAGGAGGUCUGCAGUGGCACACAAAUUAACAAGAACAGAGAAAGCCCAGAGUGAAUAAAAGGAAGCACUGAUUUUUCUUGAAGAGACUGGUGAAUUAGUUUUAAGUCUUGUAUCUUUCUUAAAUUGGGAUUUUUAUUUAUUCCUCACAGGGUAGUAACUUCUAUUGUCAGUUAAUUUCAGGACAUUAUGAAGCCAGAAUGAACUGCUUUUCCAGAGGGAACCCUAGCUUCAAGCCCAGUUAUAUUUUAUAAUCUUACAGAAAAAUUUAAUCCUUUUCUGCCAAGGGCCUGCUAUUGUGAUACCCCACCCAUCCAGCACACACAGGACCAGGGUGCUUUGCUGAGCAGGUCAGAAGCGCAGCUGUCCUGGCCCAGCGAGUGCUGCCCCUCCUGCCCAGCGCUGACUGAGCUCCUGGCAGUGACACUUCACUCUGGCCCUCCCAGUGGGCUGCAGAGCCUUCAGGACAAACAGUCCCUCACACCAUGAACACCUAUUUUCCCUGACUGAGAAAGCCAUACAAAAGGGAAGGAAGGGAGGAAGCAGCUCUGCCAGCCUGAGCACACCAGAGCCCCUUGAGCACACACCCGACCCCUCAGACACAGCAACCACAUGGCAGAUUUCAGCCCAGCAGUGCCCUGAUAACCCACAGCACCUCUGCUCCCUGGAAACCCCUCCACACCGGCACACAACACGGCAUUCGGUGCAAAACCAGUAGAGACACCUGUGCCACACACCAUCCUCCUGCAGGGAGGGUUUCAGGGCUGUCACUGCCCACCACAAAGGACAUUUGUAAGAGCCCUACCUUGCUGCUGCCCCAGCGCUGGUCUCCACUCCUCGCCUGCCCAUAGAUGUCCUUCAUGUGCCCCAAGUGCUCAGGGCUGGGCAGAGAAGCCCCAGCUUUUACUUCCACUCCAUCUUUGGCUCUUCCAGUCCUGUUUACCAGGCCCCACAGCAGCCACUCUCCUCUGCCCUGGGCCUGUCUGCUCUUUGUGGGCAGGGUAGGAGCUCUGAUGAGCCUUUGGUACAGCUGAGCCCUGAUGAGCCCACAGGUGGCUGGGUCUCCUCACCUGAGGGCACUCCAGCUUUUUCUUGAGCACCAAUUGCACAGAUUCUGUGUCCUGGCAGCCCCUCACAGAGUGGGCAAAGAGUACAGGUUUUCCGGUAGAUAGAUGUGGUGUGUCAUUACCCCUAAGGCAAAUAUGGAGACCGACUGCCCAUUUUUUAAGUAGAGGUAAAAUAUUUUUAGGAAUUGCUUUCCUGUGCCUCUGCUGGCUCCUUGCAUCCCUUCACUGGCGACUCAUCGUGGCUGCCGGCGGCUGGGCCCGGGGAGAGCUGGGCAGGCAAGAGGAAACUGCCUGGAAAUCGUCUGCAAUACACUCAGAGUGAUUCAACGUGGAGCUUUACUACUCUUAAAAAGAGUUAAGACUCUGGAAUAACUAAUGUUUUAAUAUCUUAAUCCACAUUUUCGUGUUAUUAUUUAACAAAGUGACAUAUUUGUCUGUACUUUUUAUGUAUUUGUAUUUGUUACCAUGUAUAUUUUGCUUCCCACUCUGCUUUUAUGCCUGGUACACUUGUAGCUUCAUUCUUUGUUUCUGUAUUUCUACCAGUCCUGCAAGGUGUGGUUUAUGGCUGGAACAGGGCAAUUUCAGGCAAAAGUGAAGCACUUAGUGCAGAUAAAAUUCUAUGUUUUGCAGCUA